AUGGUUUCUAUUAGUACUAGCUGUUCCCCCCCGGACAAAACUCUUCCUCCAUCAUUCCACUAUCCAAGAAAAAGAGCCACAAUGGAGGGCGCGGCGCAGACCAUCGUCGGCACUGUUGGCCGGCUGUUGGGCGAGGAGUUCCGGCAGCUCCGAGCCGUUGGCCACGAGGUUGUGGAGCUGAGGGACGAGCUGGCCACCAUGAACGCCCUCCUGCGCAUGCAGGCUGAAGCCGAAGACGGCGCCGUGGACCACUUCAUCCGGGAGUGGAUGAAGCAGCUGCGCGAGCUAGCUUAUGACGCCGAGGACUGCGUUGACCUCUACAUAUUCCGCAUCAAGUGCCGUUUUGGCGACGGGUUCCUCGCCUGGUCCAAUCGCCUCCUUGUGACGUUCUUCCCUCGUCGUCGCCUUGCUGGCGAGAUCAAGUCCCUACGAGCCCGUGCUGUCUCCAUCAGCGAGCGCCAUGCUCGCUACAGCGAGGCACUGCGCCGCUCUCCGGCUUUAGCCCUCAUGCCGACAGCGUCGGCAUCUGAGCUUGUGCUCCGCCCUGCCAACGAUCCUGAUCAGCUCGUUGGCAUCCAGGACGAGGCUAACACCCUGGCUGAAAUGGUCAAGGCGAGGAAUGACGAAGAGGUUGACAGCAAACCCAAGGUCUUCUCCAUCCUGGGUUUCGGGGGGCUCGGAAAGACGACACUGGCCAUGGAGGUGUACCGGCUGCUGGAGGCGGAGUUCGAGCACCAAGCGCAAGUAUCGGUGUCUCAGGCGUUUGACGGCACCAAGGACAUCCAAGGAUUGCUGAAGCGCGUGCUUCGACAAAUUAUUAUGGCGAAACCACAAAAUGAGAAGGAAGAGAAUAUCGGCGACGUGGAUGUGAUGAACCUGGCCAGGAAGCUCAAGGAGCAUCUUGCGGACAAGAGGUACAUUAUUGUUAUCGAUGAUGUAUGGACAACAACGGCGUGGGAUGCCAUCCGGGUCCACUUGCCAGAUAGCAAAUGCGGUAGCAGAAUCAUUGUUACCACCCGGAUAGAGACCGUGGCCAAAGAAUGCAGUUCUCCAAGUGUUUCUGAUUAUUACAUCUACCGUCUUAAGCGACUCAAGACAAAAUACUCCAAGGAGUUGUUCCUCAGUAGAGCAUUUGGUUCCAUGACAGCUACUUGCCCAAAUGAGUUGAAAGUUAUAAUGGACAAUAUCUUGAAGAAGUGUGAUGGGCUACCAUUGGCCAUUGUUAGCAUUGCCAGCCUCUUGGCGAACUAUAAAUCUCCUGAGAGAAAAAGCAGGUGGGAAACAAUUUGCAACUCCAUUGGUUCACUGAUGGAGAGCAACAGUAAACUUGAGGGGAUGAAGCAGAUACUGACACUCAGCUACAACCACCUGCCUUACCACCUGAAGGUUUGCAUGAUGUACCUUAGUAUUUUCCCAGAGGAUUAUGAGAUCAACAAGAAUCGUCUCUUGUAUAGGUGGAUUGCCGAAGGAUUGGUUGAGGAGAAGCGAGGAUUGACUCUGCUGAAGGUUGCAGAAGCCUACUACGAUGAGCUAGUGAGCAGGAGCAUGAUUAGUCCGGCAUUCUCUGUGAACUUUUAUGGGAAGGUUGAAGCAUGCCGGGUGCAUGAUAUUAUGGUUGAAGUCUUGGUCUCCAAAUCCUUGGAGGCCAACUUUGUUAGCCUAGUUGGCGGGCAGUUUGAAGGGAUGUUGUAUGACCGUGCUCGUCGCCUUUCCAUCCAAGGUGUAGAACAGGACCCUACAUCCAAGAAAAGGGCAGCAGUUGGUGGUAAGAGGAGCAACAUGGGGGGGAUGGACUUGCAGCAUGUUCGGUCACUGAGCAAUUUUGAGCUCCAAGGACAGAAGCUGCUUGAUCGGCUUCACGAGUUCACUCUGCUAAGGGUUCUUGAUCUGGAAGACUGCAAGGGGCUAGAAAACAAGCAUGUGAAGGACAUCUGCCGAUUGUACCUCCUAAAGUUUUUGAGCAUGAAAGGCACAUGUAUCAGUGUGAUUCCUAAAAAAGUCGGCAAGCUAGAGCAUUUGGAAGUGCUUGAUGUGCGUGAGACAAACAUCCGUGAGAAGAUACCAGAUACAGUGACAAAUCUGCAGAAACUUGUGCGCAUGGAUUUGUGCCACGAGGUUGAUUGGUGGGCUAUGUGGCAUUUUCCCAAGGGGCUCUCUAAAAUGAAGGCAUUGUGCGAGGUGGAACGUGCACUGGUAAGUAAUGUUGAAGUCGCCAAACAGUUUGGCCAACUAGGACAACUGUGUCGCAUAUAUCUGUUUGUUGACGCCCAGAAAGAUCCCAAGGUUCUCCAAGAGGUUGCCCUCUCCCUCAGCAAGUUGUACUCCCUCCGGUAUCUCUCCAUUGCCCGCAUGGGUGGCGAGGGCACCAAAAUGGACUUUAUCCUUGAACUUGAGACGCCGCCACGGCUCCUCCGGUACUUUUACAUCGAUGGCCAGGUUUCAAAAUUGCCUGACUGGAUGAUCGAACUAUCAUAUCUGACUGCCUUUGGCGGGAUUUGGUUGAAUUUACGUGGUGAACAAUUGUAUGGUGCCCUUUGUAAGUUGCCCAACCUGCAGACCAUCAGCCUGUGGCAGGAUUGCUACAUUGACCAAAAACAUGUUGCACGUACUGAACACAAGUUUCCGGCGUUGAAGACACUUGCCUUGUGCUCAAUUUAUUGUCACAACCCCGAAGUGAUAGAGUUCACGGAAGGAUCCAUGGAUAUGCUUGAGGAGCUUACAGUGAGGUUCUGUGAGCGUAACAGCAGGAGGAGCAUUGUUGGCAUCCAGCACUUGAAAAACCUGAAAGAGGUGCAGCUUAGAGGUAUGAGAGACGACUAUUUUCUCGACCUUGCAUUGAAGGAGCUCAAUACCGAGAGUAACAGCCGCCCCAAGGGCCAUCAAUUCAAGAUUGGAGUGAGGUACGAUUAA